AUGCCCCCGUUAGAAUCGUCCUCGGAUGAGGAAGAAAAGAGAAGGGGAGAAUGUGAUUUUGAUAGAACUCCUUUAGCUGAACGAACGCGGAGAGCACGAAGAGAACGAGGAAGGAGUAGAGACAGACGGCGAGGGGGAGAGUUGAGGGAAGUUUCGCUUUCACCCCCGAGAUUGAUGGCUCCUUUGCGGGAAGCAGUUGGAGCAAAUGGGGGAAAAGUCAUGGUAAAGGUUCCUUUUUCACCUAGUGAUUUAUUAAUUUGGAAACAGUCAGCCGGAACAUAUAGAGAAAACCCGGAGCGGGUGGCUCGUAUUAUAAAAAUGGUUAUAAAAACUCAAAAUCCGGACUGGAAUGAUUUACAAGUAUUGUUAGAUACACUUCUGGAUUCAACAGAAAAGGAAAUGGUAUUAAAGGUGAUGGUAGAAAGAGCGAGAGAAAGAAUUCGAACUUUGCCUCGAGCAGCACGGGGAACAGUGAAUGAUUUCGUGCCGCGGGAGGAUCCUGAAUGGGAUCCGAAUGACCCUAGAGAUUACAAAAGGAAGGAUUUGCUUUCAGCCUUGCAAGCUAAAAUUAUAUUUGAAAAAGGGAGGGUCAAAAUGGAAAUUCCGGAAGAGAACUUAGCGAAAAUUUUCGUUGUGAAAGAGGUACAAAAGGAAGAGAUACCUCAGGAAAUAGAACAGGCUGUGGUACCUUGGGUUUGGGAAACAGGGGUCCCUGGAAAAUCUAAAGCUGCUAUUCCAGUUAGAAUAGAAUUAAAAGAAGGAACACAACCCGUUAGAGUGCGACAGUACCCAAUUAGUUUAGAAGCCAGGAAAGGAAUAGCCCCAAUGAUCACACAGUUUUUAAUUUUAGGGAUAUUAAAAGAAUGUGAGUCAGAAUAUAAUACCCCCAUUUUUCCGGUAAGGAAGCCAAACGGUAAGUACAGGUUAGUGCAAGACUUGAGAGCAGUAAAUCUCAUCACAAAAGAUAUCCACCCGGUUGUAGCUAACCCUUACACCUUGUUAACAUCUGUUUCUGAGAGAUUUCAGUGGUUUACAGUGAUUGAUUUAAAGGAUGCCUUCUUCUGCAUACCACUGGCACGGGAAAGUUGGAAAAUCUUUGCCUUUGAAUGGGAAAACCCAGAGACCGGACGGAAGCGACAGCUUACUUGGACUUGAUUACCGCAAGGAUUCAAAUGUUCACCUACGAUAUUCGGUAAUCAGUUAGCAAAAGAACUUGAAGAAUGGAAGACUACUCAGGUAAAAGAAUCUCCUUUUUCAUAUAUCAUACUGCAAUAUGUAGAUGACAUUUUCUUAGGAGCUACAGAACAGGGACUCUGUCGUCAAUUAACCAUUGAACUGUUAAAUAUGUUGGGACAAGCAGGCUACCGAGUCUCAAAAGAAAAAGCACAACUAGUAAAACAGAAAGUUAUCUAUCUGGGAUGCGAAAUCUCUCAAGGAACCCGGCGCUUAGGAACAAAUAGGAUUCAAGUAAUAUGUGCUAUCCCUGUACCCCGAAGUAAUCAAGAACUAAGAUCUUUUUUAGGAAUGGUCGGGUGGUGCAGACUGUGGAUUCCCAACUUUGGACUAACUGCCAGACCAUUAUAUGAGGCAGUAAAGGAGCCCAAGCUGACCUGGGGGACGAAGCAAGAGAAAGCUUUCCGGGAACUGAAAAGAACCCUCCAGGAAACACCUGCCCUGGGACUACCGGACCUAACCAAGGAGUUUCAGCUCUAUGUCUGCGAGAGACAACGAAUGGCUCUAGGAGUACUCACUCAGCGGUUAGGAUCCUGGAAGAGACCGGUUGGGUAUUUCUCCAAACGGCUAGACGCAGUAAGUGGGGGAUGGCCAGGGUGUCUCAGAGCUGUGGCAGCGACGGUUAUUUUAAUACAAGAAGCACGAAAAUUGACUCUGGGAAAACACAUGGUAGUGUACGUGCCCCACAUGGUUAUAACAGUUUUAGAACAAAAAGGGGGGUAUUGGCUCUCAUCUAGCCGAAUGUUACAGUAUCAAGCUUUGUUAAGAGAACAAGAUGAUGUUGAACUGAAAAUCACUAACCAUCUCAACCCAGCAGAAUUCCUUAGGUCUACACAGGAAGAAGGUAUCCUGGAGCAUGACUGUGUAGAGACCAUUGAACAAGUCUACGCGAGCAGAAGAGACUUGAAGGACGAACCAUUGACAGAUCCUGACUGGGAGUUGUACACCGACGGAUCUAGUUUUGUAGAAAAUGGCACCAGGUAUGCUGGGUAUGCAGUGGUCACUCUACAACAGGUGAUAGAAGCAAAUGCACUACCCCCAGGUACGUCUGCACAAAAGGCUGAGAUAUGGGCAUUAGUGAGAGCUUUAAUAUUAAGCCAAGGAAGGAGAGUUAAUAUAUGGACUGAUUCCAAAUAUGCUUUUGGGGUAGUUCAUGUUCACGGAGCACUCUGGAAAGAGAGAGGACUUCUUACUUCUCAGGGGACAACGAUUAAACAUCGAGAAGAAGUUUUACAAUUGCUAGAGGCAAUACACAAACCCUCAGCAGUAGCAAUAAUGCAUGUCAAAGGACAUCAGACUGACCCCGGACGAGAAUUUCAAGGUAAUCGACAAGCUGACCAAGUGGCUAAACAAGCCGCAAGAGAGGAUGGCCAGAAGCCUUUCCAUGCAGGACUAAUCAAGCAAAGGAAGUAG